AGUCUCGCGCGGUUGCCGCCGGCUCCCUAGCUUCUGUCAGGGGAGCCGGGCGUGCGGGGGCGACUGAGGAGGCGGGAAGGCGGCAGGGGUUGAAGGGGCGAUUGCUGACUUGCGGGGAGGAGGUCCGAGGGGUUGAGCAGCAUGGUGAUGGCAGCGAAGAAGGGCCCAGGGCCGGGUGGCGGGGUCGGCGGGGGAAAGGCGGAGGCGGAGGCGGCCUCGGAGGUGUGGUGUCGCCGGGUGCGGGAGCUGGGAGGCUGCAGCCAGGCCGGGAACCGCCACUGCUUCGAGUGCGCCCAGCGCGGGGUCACCUACGUGGAUAUCACCGUGGGCAGCUUCGUCUGCACCACCUGCUCCGGCCUCCUGAGAGGCCUGAACCCCCCUCAUCGUGUCAAGUCCAUCUCCAUGACGACGUUCACUGAGCCGGAAGUAGCUUUCCUGCAGUCCCGCGGGAACGAGGUUUGCAAGAAGAUUUGGCUGGGUCUUUUCGAUGCUCGCACAUCUUUAAUACCAGAUUCCAGGGAUCCUCAGAAGGUGAAGGAGUUUCUCCAGGAAAAAUAUGAGAAGAAGAGAUGGUAUGUCCCCCCAGACCAAGUCAAAGGGCCCACUUAUACCAAAGGCGGCGCCUCCACCCCCGUCCAGGGCUCCAUUCCGGAAGGGAAGCCCCCGCGGACACUUCUGGGGGAUCCUGUGCCGUCUCUCUCGGCUGCUGCCUCCACUUCCAGCCAGUCUGUCAGUCAGUCUCAGCCCCGGACGUCCCAGCCCCGGAGCUCUCAGCCACCUCCCCCCUCCUCGGUCAAGAAAGCCAGUACUGACCUGCUGGCCGACAUCGGCGGAGACCCCUUUGCUGCUCCCCAGGUGGCACCAGCUUUUGCUGCAUUCCCAGCCUUUGGGGGCCAGACGCCUUCCCAUGGGGGCUUUGCCAACUUCGAUGCCUUUGGCAGUAGCCCUGGCUCUUCUGCAUUUGGAAGCAUGCCUCCAGCUGGCCAAGCCCCAUUCCAGGCGCAGCCAGCACCCCCAGGGAGCAGCCAGGGGACUCCAUUUGUUGCCUCUCCUCUGGCACCUGCCAGUCAGCCCAACAGCCUUGCAGAUACGGGCAGCCUCCUGGGACCCGGGGCAUCAGCUGGAGGCAUCCCUAGCAGCAUGUUCGGGAUGGCCAGCCAGGUCCCCACGCUCCAGUCGGCCACCACUGGCGGAGGCGGAAGCACAGGGCUCUCCUUUGGAGCAGCCUUCAACCCUUUCACCACACCUGCUGCUCACGCCCAGCUGCCUUCCACCAACCCUUUCCAGCCCAAUGGCUUGGCCACAGGGCCAGGCUUUGGGAUGAGCGGUGCUGGGCCUGGCUUCCCCCAGACAGUGCCACCCACCGGGGCUUUUUCCAGCCCCUUCCCCCCACCGCUUUUCCCCCCGUCAGCUGAGUUUUUGCUCUUCCUGCCAGGCUCUUCCUUCGGAGACCAGGGAUCUGCCAAGCUGGGGCAGAGGCCACUGAGCCAGCCAGCUGGGAUCUCCACCAACCCCUUCAUGACCGGAUCCUCAUCAAGCCCGUUUGCCUGCAACCCUCCAAACACCAACCCAUUCUUGUAG